UCGUAUGAGAACUCUUCAGUUGCGAAGGAUAAAAAGUAUAGAGGAAAUUAGCGACUGCUUCAGAGGUGAUUGUGAUACAUUCGGAAAAUCGUUGAAAAAUGGCUUUGAAUAAGUUGGCAAUAGAUCAAAUAGAUGUUAAAGGAAAAAGGGUACUCAUGAGAGUUGACUUCAAUGUUCCUCUGAAAGAAGGCAAAAUAACAAAUAAUCAGAGAAUUGUUGCAGCUUUACCCACAAUAAAGUAUGCAUUGGAGAAAGGCGCUAAAUCGGUGGUUCUGAUGAGUCAUCUUGGUCGUCCAGAUGGAAGGCCUUCAGAGAAGUACUCUCUACUGCCUGUCAAAGGAGAGCUGGAUAAAUUGCUAGGAAAGUCAGUGGACUUUCUGACAGACUGUGUAGGAGCUACAGUGGAGGCCAAGUGUGCUGAUCCCCCCGCAGGUUCUGUGAUCCUCUUAGAAAACCUCCGCUUCCAUCUGGAGGAGGAAGGAAAAGGGGUUAAUGAGGCAGGGGAAAAGGUCAAAGCCUCAAAGGAAGCAGUAGAAGCAUUCCGUAAGUCUCUGUCCACACUGGGAGAUGUGUAUGUAAAUGAUGCAUUUGGAACAGCACACAGAGCUCAUAGCUCAAUGGUUGGAUGUCAGCUUGCUCAAAGAGCAUCAGGAUUUCUGUUGAAGAAGGAGUUAUCUUACUUUGCAAAGGCACUAGAUAAUCCAGAGAGGCCAUUCUUGGCCAUUUUAGGAGGUGCAAAGGUUGCAGAUAAAAUCCAGUUGAUAGAGAACAUGUUGGACAAAGUCAAUGAAAUGAUUAUUGGAGGAGGCAUGGCUUUUACCUUCCUGAAAGUUCUGAAUGAUAUGAAGAUUGGGAAUUCUCUGUAUGAUGAGGAAGGGUCAAAGAUAAUCAAGAAUCUGAUGGACAAGGCUGCCAAGAACAAUGUCACAAUCACCCUCCCUAUGGACUUUGUGACGGGAGAUAAAUUUGCUGAAGAUGCCACUGUUGGAUCUGCCACUGUAGAAUCUGGAAUCCCAGAUGGUCAUAUGGGCUUGGACGUAGGCCCCCAAUCCAUUGCUAAAUUUACUGAAGUCGUAGGUAGAGCAAAGACUAUUGUAUGGAAUGGACCUCCUGGUGUGUUUGAGUUUGAAAACUUCAAAAAAGGGACAGUAGAAUUAAUGAACGCUGUUGUUUCAGUGACACAGAAAGGAGCCACUACAAUUAUUGGUGGUGGUGACACCGCAACAUGUGCAGCUAAAUUUGGAACAGAAGACAAAGUCAGCCAUGUUUCUACAGGAGGAGGUGCCAGCUUAGAGUUGUUGGAGGGUAGGUUGAAGCUUACAAAUGAAAAUAAGUGUAUGAGAGAAAGUAAAAAAUGAAGGAAAAUAAAUGUUUGAGAGAACAGUGUAAAAAAACAUGAUUGAAAAUAAGUAUAUGAGAGAACAUUGUAAACAAUGAAUUGUUUACUUUUUUCCUGUUGGUUGAUGGAGGUAUCAACUAAAUAAAGUAAGUAAUUGUAUAGAAAAAUGGCAUCGAUGCUUUAACAGUACAAUUUUUCAGUUGAUAAUGAAUCAUUUGAAAUAGAAAAUCAUACAGCUUUUCAUAUCUACCACUUCCAUAAUACGUAGUUCUUCAGGGUGUGAAGUAGAAAUCUGUAUUGUAAAGGUCUGCAGCAGGAUAAAUUCAUUACACAGUUGUAUGGGACAUAAUACGGAGUUCUCCAGGGUGUGAAAUGGAAAUCUGUAUUUGGGCUCUGCUCCCCCUUGCCCAUUUCACAUCCUGGAUGACUCCGUAUUAUGUCCCAAACUGACUGUGUAACAAAUAUUAUACCUCAAUAUGAUAUAAUUCUAUGCAACGCAUUAUCUGAUUGGUCGAGACAGUUACAUGCAAGGGAGAAUAAAACUUCAUAUUUCCCUCAAACAUCAUAUUUUUUCAUCAUAUUUCAUUUCUUUGGGUGCCUCAUGCAUUUUCCAUAAAUUUUACAUCAAGGUGAACGCAAUCUAAUUAAAAUUAGCUGUUUUGAAUCCACUACCGCUUCUCUUUGUGUAGCGACAUAACAAUAACGGAGCGGAUCAAAAGAUCUUUUUUUAAUCAGAUUGAGGUGAACGUAGUUUAUAAUAACAUCACAAUAAGUCUUAGUCAUUUUAAGUAAGGCACAAAAUGAAUUUGUUUAUACGCAGGUUUCUGAUACACAGUUAAACCAAAUGAUUUUGGUUGAUACAAUGACCGUAUAAGUAAUCGGCAUUCAAGGAGAAAAGAAAAGGAAACACAAGAAAUGGUUAUCAUAUCACUUUAUUUCGUUCUUUGUACCUUCUAAUUCGUUAACAGCACGGUGUUACUGUUAAGGCAAUCUCAGCUACAUACCAUGUAUAAAUGAGUGGUCCUCAAUUUCAAAUGCAUUUCUGUAGUCUUCCUUUGUUUUGGUAUAGUAAACAAUUUAUUGCAUGAAUGUUUGGGAGAUAUGAAGAGAUAUUUACAUUCACUGAAUCUUUUUUCUUAUAUUCCUUUUGAAAUUGACAUUACUUUCAUCAUACAAUGAAUACAUGUUCGUUGCAAACUAGUUCAAUCCAGUUUUCUAGUACCACCUGUCUGCAUAAUCAUUACCAAAUAUGGAGCAUCAUCAUGGUCAAAGGUCUGUUUAACGUAACACAUGGAUCAACCACAUGAUAUUUUAGAACUUAAUUCUUGUUUAUAUCUUUUAAAAAUACAUGAAAAUAUAAAUAUAAACAAUAAAAUGUCUUUCUUUGUUGUUUCAUCAGGUGAUGAAGGUAGCAAGCAUCGCAGAAAAUUGCAUUUUUUUGCAAUGCUUGCUACCUUCAUCACCAGAUGAAACAACAAAGGAAGCAUUUUAUUGUUUAAUUAUUCCCCCAAGAAAUCUAUAUAUGAAAUAUUCCUGUGGGGAAUAAAAUUUUUCUUGGGUGAUCUUCUUAUCCCCCUCACUAUCUUGCAAUAAGUGUAUAUAUAUAUAUGCAGUUUCAAUGAAGGACAUCACUAUUGCUGCAAGUUUAUAAGUAACACAAGAAAAUCCAGAAACUUGCACAACUGUCAUGUGAUUGUUCUCAUUAACUGUAUGUGAUAUAUAUAGAAUACCUGGACUUUUACUGAACCAUAAAAGCUUACACUGAAAUGCCUGGGAACCUUUUUAAUCAACUCAAUUGUGAUGUCACAUCUCCUUACAUAACUCAAUGAUUGUGAUGUCAGUUUACAAAUAGUAAUGGACAUGAACUCUUCAAUUGCUAUCAAAAAUGUAAACAAAUGGAGGAGAGGAAACAACUUUCUAUUUAUUUUUCUUUCCACAGGUAAAACACUACCAGGUGUUGCAGCUCUGUCAGAUGCUGCAUAAAGGAAAAUGUCAUCAUUAGAAAAAAUGGAGAGGAUCCAAGAAUCUUUAGUCCUACAUGGUGGAGUCAGCAAAAAUCAUGAAAUCAAUAGCGUUUUUGGCAUUCAUACAUGUCCGUAUCAUUUUUUUGGUAGAAGAUUCUGAGAGCAAGAUCAGUAUCAGUGAAAUAAGUCAAGAUUAUAAGGGUAUGUUCUGAAGUAGAAUGGGGUACUGAUGUAAAUCUUGUGACUGAAUUUCACGGAAAGGGACAUUGUAUUUGAUGCAGUGCAUUUAACAUUGAAACUACAAAAAUUUAUGUAACUUUAUUCAUGCUAAUGUAACUCUCAGUUCAUAUACAUGUAUAUAGUGUGUCCCUGAUAGUGUUGUCACCACUACACUGUUAGAAAUGUUUCGCUUUUUUAGUUAACAUGUAUGUGUACAUUGGUUUUACUUGACAUACUGAGAUUCCAUCUGUGAAUCAGAUGAGCCUCUUGUGUAGUCAUAAUGCUUCCCAUAUAUUUUGCUUUGUUGUGUUACCAAAAUGAAAAUAAAAACAUGAUCUGUU